AUGUCUGCAACAUCAACAUACACUCCUCCUAUAGAUUUAACUAGAUCCCCAACGGGGAGGCGACGUAGAAGGCCAGGGGGAAGCGAAAUAAUAACAAUAGACGAUGACAGUGCACCCAUGCGGACAACGACACACCCCACACCAGCGCGAAGGAUACCCCCGAUGCAUCAGACAAGUAACCCCACACCCUUUUCUCCAGACAGUUUUGAAAGCGGAUUGAGUCACAAUCCUUCAAGAUUGAAUAUUGGUGUGAUUGUCAGCAUGUUCUACCCUUUUUCUGGGAAUCUGCAUUCGCAAUCACCACCUAAUCCUUCGAGGCCAUCAUCAACACGCUCCCGUCGCGAAGGCACACCCCACAUAGUACACGAAAGUCCUGACUUGGUAGAGCUGAGCACUCCUCCCCCUCGAAAGCCUCAGCCAGAAGAGAAACCCCCUCAACCCGGACAUGUCGUGGAUCUUGAUGAAACCAAGAUAUUAGUGUGUUGUGAAUGCGAUCAGAUGUUAGGAGAGAAACUGUGGACAUUAAAAUGUGGACAUAUUAUUUGUGGUGGAUGUGUUGAUACUUCUAAUAAUUUAAAGAACAAAGUGUGCCCGAGUUGUGGGGCGAAAACAAGAACAAGUAAUCUACAACAGCUUUAUGUAUAA